GUCAAAAUCUGUCUAUUUUGUUGUCGCGAUCAUUUUGUAAACACUGCAUUAUUUUUUUAUUAUAAUCACGUUAUAAAGAAUAAUGCCGCCAAAAAAGAAAAAUACCGACACAAAUUCGAAAGAAGAACUAGCAAAAUGGAGUAAAGAGCAACUAAUAGCGAGAAUUAUGCAAUUAGAAGCUCACAAUGUACAGUUAAAGAAUAUUAUAAAUAAGAACUUCUCUCAAUCUUCUUCAGAAACUGAUGCGAAGGAAAAUAAACGACAGGUGGAUUUUAGCAAAUACCACUUCCGUCGUGUCCUACUCCGUAUCUCCUACUUCGGUUGGGACUACAAUGGUCUUGCAGUGCAAGAGGACUCCAACCAAACUAUAGAGAAUCACCUCUUCAAUGCCCUCACGAAAUCCUGCCUGAUACAGAGUCGAGAGACCUCUAAUUAUCAUCGAUGUGGACGGACUGACAAAGGUGUCAGUUCCUUCGGGCAGGUAAUAUCAAUAUCCUUAAAGAGCAAGUUCCCACCCUCCGAGCAAUAUACAGAAGAAGCAUUAAAUAAAGAGAUGGACUACUGCAAGAUCCUGAACAGAUUACUGCCUAAGGACAUUAAAGCGGUUGCCUGGAUGCCCAUACCUGAGAAUUUACCUGAAUUCAGUGCUAGGUAAGGACUUGCACAUCACAUGUUAACAGCACCUCAUGUAAUAUAGAGGUCUGAGUAGAGAGCCAGGUGAUGAUGGCAGCCCUAGGGAUGUCCCUUAAUAAGCGUUGCACCGUGGGGGCUCUGGAGCAGGUAGGGUUAUCAACCAUACUCUAAAAUAGAAUAUUGUCCUCUAUAUCGUGUAGGCGUAUUCUAUAAUCUAUACCACUAGUAGAGUACGCUAAAAUACUCUUUAUCGAGCCAUAGGCUAACCUGUUACCUGGUAUAAUAACUAAACUGAUGAUACAGAAAUACGAAAAAAAUUUUUUUUAAUAGCAUAAAAUAAAUGAUACUUACUCUUUUUUGUAGGUCAGCACCAGUCAGUACUCUUUAUUUACCUCUUUUAAAAUCAGAUAUACUCUAUUACUUCUAAAAAAGUCGGUAACCCUAGGAGCGGGUCUCUUUCAUAGGUUGGGGCUGAGGGUGGCCACCGGGGUGGUAUCAGUGAAGAACAAACACUCUCUAGUCUUUCUCCCCAAAAAGGCGCCAUUCGAAGAAGUCCCCCGUCUUAAAAAAGUAAAAAAUAAAAUAAAGUGAAUGGGAAUGAUAAUCCGCUUAUGUAUCGGAGACGGUCCAGAGUCGGAUUAAACCUAGAGAGAGCCCUAAAUUUUUUUGGCGCCGUCGCCACUAUAUGGGCAGUUAGUCACGCGCGUCUUUUGGCGCCCCUGUAACCUGCAGCUGUAGCCAAUGCCAUUUAGCGCUUGUCUACAUCUAUACAUAUAAUAAAAUUGUUGAA